GUUGGAGUAAAUCAGUGUCUGUGUCUUACUAAAUACAACUAUGGAAGUGGCUGUACAGCAGCUGGCAGUUGUAAUGGAGAUGUUCAGUGUGUGAUGUCUGGUGGAGGAAAUCUGUGUCUGUGUCCUUCUGGCCAGUUCCAUUUUGGCAGUAAUCAGUGUAUGGACAGACUGGCUCAUGGAGCUGGCUGUACUGGCCUCACAGAUCCUUGUCAAUAUGGACUAUCGUGUGUUCCAAACAAGAACUUUGCACCGAAAUGUCUGUGUGAUCCUAUAAGUAGUUCGUACUGGGUCGUAAAUUCCUGCAGAAGUGUUGGCGAUAUUACAGUGCUGACAAGGAUAGUCUCAAGGAGCACAUCCCGGAUAGACUUCAGUUGGACUGUAACCCCCCAAGGAUUUGUAAAUAACUACCAGGUGGUCACUCAUUCUGACCCGCAGACUUGCUCACAAGGACAAGGGCAGUACAAUAAGGAUGAUGUGCCUGGGACAGCUCUCAGAGUUUCAAGUACAGGGCUCAGUCCUGGGGUGAAAUAUUUGUCCACUCUGACCCUGGUACUCUCCGAAACAACUGACUACCCUCAAAGAUCAAAAGUUUUCAAUUACACUGAAGCCUGGACAAAGCCUGCCCAGCCUGGAGCAGUGAUACCUGGAAGUAGUACCCUCUCAGUGCCGCGUACUGCCCUCAAGUUUGGACCUUCUGAUGGCUGUGUCGCUAGUUAUUUCGUGGUAGUGACACGGCAAGGGUCAAUAGUUGAAAGCAAAAGUGUGACUAGCGAGACAGCGGUCUUUGACAAACUGGUCGCAAGUACUUUCUAUGGCUAUACAAUUAAAGCCUAUAACGGCAUCAAUGAAUUCAGUGUCCCAAGGACAGGAAAUUUUAGGACAACAGCUGCGGAACCAGGUCCCGUUAGUGCUUUAAGCAGUUCUUCAGUCACUGCUACUGGCGUUGUGGUGAGCUGGCGAAGGCCGUCAGAACCUAACGGCAAUCUAAAAGGAUACAAAGUUUGGGUGACAACAGGCGGGCAGUGCGUUAAACAAUUCCAUGUACAGUGUCUGGACUGUGAUGUUUCUGUGUGUAAAUCCCCAUUGCCUUCAUCUCCUGUGAGUCAAUAUGACAGAACAGAUCUUGGUGAUUCCCAUGUUGUCUUUGAGGUGACAGUGACAGACUUGCUUCCGUACACAGACUACAUUGUUCAUGUCCUCGCUUUCAGUAGAGAGGUCGGUGGUGGUGCCGACAGUGAAGUUACCUUCAAGACAAGUGAGGCUGCCGCAAGCCCUGUGACAAACGUUGGGCUGGAAAGUCUACCCUUGACCCCUCAGGGAAGGCUGGACCUGAAUGUUAGCUGGGUCCCAGGUUAUCGGAACGGGGAAACUACCUUCACUGUGGUGAUCAAGGAAAAAGAAAGUCUCACCUCAGGGAACUUUAUAGUGAAAGAAACACGCAUGUUUCGAGAUACAUCUGGUGUUACUUCUGACAUUCUGGAGAACGUGCUUGGCCACUGGGUCUAUGAAGUGACCGUUGAAGCCAAAACCAACGUCGGUAUAGCUGUUGUAUCAAGUCCUCAGACCAUUACAACAUUCUACAAACACCCAGGACCUGUUACUGCUCUGACGUUGACAAAGAGUACCCAGGUGGCCUCCGACGUUUCCCUGAGCUUUGGUUGUCCAGAGGAAAGAGAAAGAAAUGGCGUCAUCACAGGCUUUUACAUUUCAAAUUCGGAUGGCGCUAGGGACCCAGUUGUUGAGUUUGCUCCAGCGACUUACUGCGACAGUGUGUUCCGGCCAUCUGUAAAAGUGGUUGUUGGGGAGAGUCCGACAAAUUACACGCUCAAGGUGAUGGCUUCAAAUGGACAGUAUAACAGCAGCUACGUGACGUCAGAAAUUGUGAUAAGCCCCCUACUCCCUGAAGUGAGUGAAUACACGGCUACAGAUUUCACGACAGAGUCAUCUGCCAGCAAGAACACCCUGACGUCUUUCCCAGUGACUGUGUGUUUGUCUUGUCUCAAAGAUUUGAACAACAGACAGGGAAGUUUGACGGAAGUUGUUCUCGCCGUCUGUAAGAAUAAGUGUGGAGGCUCUGGGGCAGGCCGGAGAAAGCGGGCAGUCGAUGUGGACAGAUUGAAGACAUGGGCCGGGGCUAAAUAGGAAGGAUUUACUGGCAUGUACCGAGCAACUCCUCGGGGCUGGC